UCCCUUUAAGACAUAAAUAGAUGGAAACAUCCGCCAGGGGGCGCUGACGGCGGCUCUCGCCCUCUGACAUCUCCACACUGAAUACUUCUGCUGCCUAAACACCAGUUAACCACUGGCGUUUCAACCUAAAGGCUUCAAUGGUACGAGCUUUGAUGGGGUCCAAGUGGGUCAGCAAGUGAUGGUGUAAGGACUCGGGGACGCAGAGGUGCUCGCGCGUGGAAUGUUGCGCUGGUCGGUGCACCUAGAAGGAGGGCCGCGGAGAGUCAACCAUGCUGCUGUGGCGGUGGGACACAAGGUCUACUCCUUCGGAGGCUACUGCUCCGGGGAGGACUACGAGACACUGCGUCAAAUUGAUGUGCAUGUUUUCAACACAGUGUCGUUGCGUUGGACAAAGCUGCCUCCAGUGAGGACAGGAGGACACGAACGUGCCCGCGAAGUACCGUACAUGCGUUACGGCCACACGGCUGUGCUGUUGGAUGAUACCAUCUUCCUCUGGGGUGGGCGUAACGACACAGAGGGGGCCUGCAAUGUACUCUAUGCCUUUGAUGUUAAUACCCACAGAUGGUACACGCCCAAGAUUUCAGGGGCAGUUCCUGGGGCAAGAGAUGGCCACUCCGCCUGUGUCCUGGGGAAGACGAUGUAUAUAUUUGGAGGGUAUGAACAGCUGGCUGACUGCUUCUCCAAUGACAUCCACAGGCUGGAUACCACCACCAUGGUGUGGUCAUUAAUAAAUGCAAGAGGCUCUCCAGCACGGUGGAGAGACUUCCACUCAGCCACCAUCAUAGGGACAAAAAUGUUUGUGUUUGGAGGGAGGGCGGAUCGCUUCGGCCCCUUUCACUCCAACAACGAAAUCUACUGCAACAAGAUCAAAGUGUUCGACACGGAAACCAACUGCUGGCUGAACACGCCGUCAACUCAGCUGUUACCAGAAGGACGGAGGAGUCACUCAGCCUUUACCUACAACGGGGAGCUCUUCAUAUUUGGGGGAUACAAUGCUCGUCUGGACCGACACUUCAACGAUCUCUGGAAAUUCAAUCCAGAAGCGUUCACGUGGAAGAAGGUCGAGCCGAAGGGGAAAGGCCCGUGUCCUCGGAGGCGACAGUGCUGCUGUAUGGUGGGAGAUCGCAUCAUCCUUUUUGGUGGAACCAGCCCCUGCCCAGAGCAAGGAAUGGGGGAUGAAUUUAACCUCAUGGAUCACUCAGACCUGUAUAUCUUAGACUUCAGCCCCAAUUUGAAGACAUUAUGCAAAAUAGCUGUUAUUCAGUACAGUCUGGAACAGUCAGGACUCCCACAUGAUAUCAGAUGGGAACUGGCCGCCAUGACGACCAACAGCAACAUCAGCAGACCAAUCUUCUCCUCACACGGUUGAUGCAACAGAGCUCUGUUUUAUGAAGCUGGACUUUUCUGUUUCUCGUCAGCUCGGCUCCAAAGAACCGUUUCCGUCAGUGAAAGCCUUCGACUGACACAAACAUUCUUGCUCGGACGUCGUUUGCCUCGGAGCGUUUUAAGAACCUUUGAAUCCUCAAGACUCUGGUUGUGUGAGAAGGAUGUUGUUGAUGCCAGUCGACACCAUGUUUCUGCGUUUUCUAGCCUCUCUAGAAGCCCAAUCAGACUAUGAUAAUCAUUAAUAUUAAAUCCUGAGCACAGGGAGAGGAAGAGUCUAAACCUCUGGUGUGAAUAUCAAGAUGUCGGACGACCAGAAAAGACUGCUGUCGAGUUUCCGCUGCAGGUAGAAAGAGACUCUCGAAUAUCCACGUCUAGCAGUUCUACCUUCAUCAUAAAAGUACUCUCUAUAAAAGAACUCAAUGAAAAUUCUUGUGUUGUGUUCAGGACUUCAGUACCGGAGUCAUAAAAGUUCUGUUGGACCGGUGGUUUGUUUAUAACAUGAAAGCUACUGUGGAGUGUCGCUGAGGUGUUCGCACAAGGCAGCGGAAGCAAGCUGUAAAACAAUCAUGGCCGUCUACCUCUUGCAAAAGUAUUGAUCAUGGCGUCUUUCGGAAACCCCGUACGUUUGACUCGAUCUCUUCACCAAAGAGAGGAUUAAAAUGCAAAUAAUCUGCUGCGUACUUUCUGUGGGAAUACUGGAAGGGGAAGCAAAUUUCUGUGUGGAAAUUUAAAACGCAGACCCGGUCCAGUUGGUUUUAUGGGAGAGCGGCGUUGAUGUGUUGUUUCCUAGACAAUCCUGCUACUUUACUGAGAGGAAGCAUUCACAAGUUUGUUUUUACAUCACAGUUUAAAGGAUACUUCAGGCUGAAGUGUGUUUCUGUGGAAAGGUUUACACUGUAAGAAAUGAAAUGUUGAAUUAACUUAACCAAGUAAUGCGAGUGGGUUCCACUAAGCCUCGCGGUUUAAAUGUAAUGAGUUAAAUACGUACGUUAUGGUAAAAGUACAUGCCUAUUACCCUUUUAAGCAACCAGGUUUAGUGGAGCCAGCUCACAUAACUAACAUUUCCCUUCUUAGAGUAUAAAUAUAAAUGAUCAGAUGGAACUUUGAGCAAUCUAAGUUUAGACUGAUUAGUUCUGACGGCACAGAUGAGCCGACAACCAUUCUGAGUGGAUCCAGUUCAUCAAACAUCUUAAAGCAUCGCUAAACCCGAACGUGCCCCAAAAGUUCUCUCACCAAACUGAAUUCCAUAUUCCGUGGAUAUUUUUCAAAGAAUUCUGUCGAGUUUCAGCAGAAACGUUGGUUUCGGUAAAAGUUUUAGUGGAAAACCACGAGAUGUGAAAUUGAGGUCAUUGUAAAUAAUAUUCACUGUUGGCUCAUGCGUGCGAUCUGAGCUCAUUUUAGUUUUUCCUGUUCAAACGCUUCCAUAGAGAAACACUUUGGAUGAGGCAGGCUGUUGCAGUAAAGAGGACUUGUGGAUGUGUGUUUGUGGUAGAAAUCAGCGGUUUUCCCACUGAGGAGUCCAAACCAAACUUUCACGCCGUUUCUCAACACAUCCUUACUUAAAAGCUCACUGAUGACUAAAAUGUAUUACAAUUAGGAUAAAAGCUGUUUGGAUCAUAGCAAUAGAAUAUCUCAUAUUUCUCUCGGUUCUUCAGAAAUUCAGCAUCUGAUAGGAAAAGACCAACGAAAGGAUAAACGUUUGUUUUUAAUGUUGUAUUUUAGUUGGUAUGAAUCAGAAGUAGAAAGCGUCGCUGCUGGUGCUGCAUCCCUGGGGACCAACGUGCUUCAGCUGUCUGUCCUUUUCAGAUAAAAAUCUUCCAUAUCUCCUAAUACCUAAUUCAUUAGUUUAGAGGAAAAUCAGCAAGACUCCGGGUCCCAAACAUCAGGAUCCUUCGCGAUGAUCGUUUACAAAACAAAAACAGUGAAACAAUCUGUAAACGCAGGUGGGAGUCCGCUGAUAGCCAACAGUUUCAUGCCUGGCCCUACCCAGAUAAGCAUGAGACGUCUGCCGGCCCAAAUCAGUCCAGACCAGCAGUGCCAUCGUGGCCCAGUGAGUCUCACGCUCUCUGCAGCACACGAUCCAUCCAUCUCCUCAAAGAUCGGUUCAGUGAAAUGACAGCCGAGCUACUUGUGAGCUGACGUAACUACAAAAGAACAAAUAAAGCAGUUUUAGCCUCGCCAACUAAACCGGUGAUUUUUACUCCAGGAGCUGUUGUCGGUGGGGAUGGUUCCGUUUUUAGUAAAUUAGAAUAAGAUUGAAGUAAAAGUUCUUUAGUAACGCACACAAAGCUGAGAGACGUCACACCUUGGGGAAGACUUAUUUUAAACCUCGUUGAGGAGGCUGCAGUACGUAAUCAUCGCGGUGGCGGAGUAUUCCUGCUGUAUGUUAAAAACACUAAAACUUCCUAACGGGGCUGGAUAUUCAGGGUGUCUGCAAAUGCUCUGUAAAGAACAAAUGAUGGAGUGUGUUUGAGUUUGUUUUACAGCCGUGUCGGCCACCGUUGUUUACUCUUUGUGUUUUUACGUGAGUGUGUAUUAAAGGGGCUUCUGUUGGGGUUGGGAAGGACCUCCUGUGCAAUAUGCUUUAUAACUGUAAAAUAAAUUCAGGACACUA